AUGCCAGAGAGCACUCUGGAGUCAGCGACUGCUGCAGAUAUGUUGGCCGUGUAUAAAAUCAACGUUGUGGGACCAAUGUUGGUGACCCAGGCGUUCCUGCCCUUGUUGAAGAAGGCUGCGCAGGAGAGCACCCAGACAGGGCUCAGCUGCGGCAAGGCAGCCAUUAUCAACGUGUCCAGUAUAGGGGGCUCCAUCGGGAACACCCCCAGCAUGGCCACCUUUCCAGUCAUCUCCUACCGCUGCAGCAAGACUGCUCUGAACAUGCUCACGAGGUGCCAGUCGGUGAGAUACAAGGAAGACGGGAUCCUGUGCACUGCGCUGCAUCCGGGCUGGGUGAAAACAGAGCUGGGAACUGCCAAGGCAGAGCUGACGGUGGAGGACAGCGUGCAGGGGAUUCUGAAGGUGCUCUCCACCCUCUCUGAGAAACACCAUGGGAUUGUAGUGGACUGGACAGGAAGAAAUGUGCAAUGGUGA